AAAUUAAAAAAGUAAUCUCGUAAAUUUAUAAAAUUUGUGAUUGUGCAGUGUUGAAAAUUUUUAAUGAAAAUUAUGUGACAUUGCGUGGUGCUUAGGGCAGCAGAGAAAAUCAACACAAUUGCAACAAGGCAAUCAAUCAGUCAUUCGAAGGUGCACUCCCAAUCCUCAAGUGAAUUUUGUUAUCUGAAAAAAUUGCUUUGCUCAAUAACAAAGUGAAAAUACUUCAUGAAGAAGAACCAACACUUAAAAGUUUUCUUCUUGUAAUCUUGCAACAGUGUACAUUGUAAAUUGAUGAUUUUCAGUGGGUGAUCUGUGUCAUAUAGUGAAAAACAACAAAUGCAAUUAUUGGCUGCCAAUAAAUUUACCAGUACAUACUUCAACUUGACAAUCUAAUUUCGGAGGGUGCCUAAUCGAUUGUGUCAACUACAUAUGUCUAUUAAAUACAUAUUUUAAAACAAUCUUUAAACAGAACAGCCUAAAAUUAUAGAAAAUAUCCGUUUUUUGGGUGAUUUCAAAUAAAGACAACUGAAUGCGACAGAUCAAAAGAAUGCAAAUUUUACAACAUUAAAACUGAAGAUUAAGUGGAUCACCAUCGUAGAUACAAACAAAAAAAAACAAGAAAAUUCAACUAACGAUGUCAUAACCUGCUAAACGCGAAUUCGGUGAACGGUUUAGUAAACCCAAUGAAAUGGAUAUGAAAAAGAUUCCAAAAUCACGAAUCGAAGACUUCGAGCGUCGUCAACAGAGAGAACGCGAGAAACAUAAACGUCAGCAAGUACAGAGUGUAGGCCGAGAGCAUGCAUUGUUUCCUGAACCACGUCGCGUUAAUCCCUCCGAGGUAGACGACGACAUCACCGCCAAAUUAGGCGACCACUCUAAGGCCAUAGAGUUUAUGACCACGGAUGCGGUUGGGGUUCAGCCAUCCUCAAACAAUGCCUUGCUUGCCAGCCAUAUACAAACAAGUGCCUCGUCUUCAGUCGGCGGCAGCACUGCGCCCUUGUCUGCCACGUCAUCAACUUCACAGCGUUUAAUAUCUGGUUUGCCACCUCAACAGACUUCCCAACAGUCUCAUCACUACCAACAACAACAACAACAACAAGUGCGUCAAUUACCUUAUCUGAAGCAAUCCGAUAAUCAACAACCGUAUAAUGGACGAGGUGGCUAUCCCGGACCACAAGUUAAAAGUGAUAUGCGUUCCAGCGGGGGCAUGGCACCACCGAAGGGGCCACCACCGUUGCUACCACCACCGACUUCAACAAUAACAACAAGCGGAAUAAGUAGCAAUAUUGGAACCAGCAGCAAUUCAAAUACAACAGCUUCUCUAUUGCCACCACCAUCGAAUGGCUACCUCGGUCCGCCUAAGUCAACAUCUUCUUUACAUAAUGGACGAUUUCCAAAACCAUUGCCGAAAUCAAUUAAUGAUAUUAUUUCAAAAGUUGAUCAAACCUAUCGCGCACCUGAACAAAUAACCAAAAUAGCCGCCACGCCGAGAACAUCUAUAGGAGAAUACAAUCUGAAUGGUCCGAAUCGGCAUAAAUAUUCUGUUGGACCUAUACAACCCAUUUUGGGUUCACCACCUUCCGGUGUGGAAUUAUUAAAGAGUCCCAUGCCUAUAACAUCAAUAUCAGCUGUGUCUGUUCCGUCUAACCUCCCCGUCAUAUCAAACGCUUCUGCGAUACCAUCUAUUGGUAGUAGCAACACAUCCUCUAUUUCUACUACGGAGGUCACAACAGUGAUGGCAAAUGCACCGUUAACGACGACGGAAAUGAGGUCAGUGAUGCCCAUGCUGAAGCAACCAGUGAAACCAUUAUUGGACAAAGUUGGGCCAACGUUAGAGAAACAAAACUCCACACUUGAGAAUGACUUAGAACUUUCAGAAUCAGAUGAUGAUCGCCGAAAGCAAAGUCGGUCAGUGCAUAACUCCAGUGAUAGUUCGCCGUCGGAUUCUAGCGAGUCUGGGAGUGACGAAUCCUCAAAAAGCGAACAUCAGCGUUCGACUGCAAUCACCAAGCAUCCACAACAGAGUUCUGCACAACACCAAAAACUGAACGCUCUUCACACCAUGCAACAACAACAGCCGCCAGUACAACAGCAUCAACCCGGACGGCCAGUGAUGAAUAAAUCUAUCAAUGAUAAGGUGAAAGUUAUCGAGUCACUAGGUACCGCCCGAUCAAAUAUUUACCUGAAUGCUAAUGUGCUGGGUUCGGCAGGUUCAUCUAAUUCGGGCCUAAAUUCUACUUCAUCUUCCUCCAAUAAGACUCCGUCGCCUUCAGACUCGAGCAAAUGGAACUUGAGCCGAUAUUUUAAUAAAAAACCGGCUCAAGCACAAAAUGACACUCCACCACCAGUUAAUUCACUGGUAGUCAACUCCAUCAAUGUGAGUAUGGAUGAGCCAACACUAUUACCGGGUGGUGCACAAAUAAUACCUGAAGCAACACAGUCACAGCCUAAUACGGCGAUUGUCAAGCAUGAAACUACCUACGUAACAUCGAAAAAGUUCUCUAACCGGAGUGAUGAUGGUGAUGAGGGAAGUGCCGCCGAACACACUAGCGAUGUGCGUAACGUAACGUCGAAUUUGAGCAAUAUUAAAUCAAAUGCAAGCGGCAGUGUGCCAGCACUUUUGAAUGAGAUAAAGAAAGAGUCAGAUAUUCUUUAUCCUACCCCUCUGUUGAAGGCGACAUCGUCGAACACUUCACAAAUACAUGUCGUAUCCCAACAACAACAACAGCAACAACAACAAUCCCAAGUUCCUCUACUUAACGCUGCUGAAUUUGUUGCGAUACCAACGAGCCAAAUAAAACAUGAAGUUCCUGCUUUGCCAUCAGCAUCAACAUCCACUGUUGCACCAAUGUCUUUAGCUGGCGGUACAACUACCGUAACGCCUUACAGCACUUCCAGCAUUAAAGCUAGUGGAAAUGGGCAUAGACGCACACCUUCGGUAUCACCACGUUUACGUAAUAGUGUUACAACUGGUCCAAAGAUAGGUGAGUUUGGGUGUGUUGGUCAAUUAUCGGCACCUUCCAGCGAUGGUCAUACGUCUAACAGCAGUGACGAUGAGAACCAAAUUACGGCAUCAGCGAGAUCUACCGUACCGACGUUGGGCCCUGGCGGUACAUUAAAAAUACCUGGUGUACCUGCUGCGAUAACUGCAUUGCCGCCUUCUCCGCCGCAACCGAUGGGGGCACCACCCACAAUUCCCAAUUCUAUAACAGUAAUGCCUAUCAACUCCCUUACAACAAUAACAUCAACGCGCCGACGAAAAAAGCCCCGUAACUCCACAACCACCAUAACACAUCUCGACACUAGUGACGAAGAAGAGAUAGCAACAGCGACACCAGAUUUUAAAAGUAGUCAUGUGACAGUGAGUCCAGUAGAGCUACGUGCAGCAGCUGGCCCUGGUGGUAAAUUAUACUCUGAGCCAGUACCAAUGGUAGCAGUGAAAAAGGGACCAGGACGGCCACGAAAAGUCACAGGCAGUGGAAAAAUAACUAAUGCUUCUUCCAGUGUUACGGCUGGAAAGGGACCAAAAUUGACAGCAACUAAGGAUGUAGGGAAUAGCAGUACAUUAGUUACUAAAAAGACGACUGCUAAGCGGAGAGUUUCUCGUCAGAACUCCAGUUCUGUUCAGAAUUUAUCAUCGAAAUCUAAAACACAAAUUCAAAUGUCGUCUGUAACCCGCGCGCCUAGCGUUGACUCCUCAUCAUCUUCUUCUACUUCCAAUUCAACUUCUAAGUCAUCCAGUUCCUCGUCGUCGGAAACAGAAGCUGAAGAUGGCGUCAUAAGCGGAUCAUCAUCUGAUAAUGAAAACGAUAGUAUUUCAAAAGGUCUUGCGACUAAAAAACGUAAUUCAUCAGCAGAAACAGGGAACAAUGCUCCGGCAUCUACAAGCCGCAUUAUUGUGCAGUUGAAUAAGCGCAAAUCUUCUCACGAAGAUAACCUAUCAUCUGCCACAACAUCAGUUGCAUCUAGUGGAAAGUCAAAAACAGCAGAGAGUGGCAAGCGGAGGCGAACCGCGUCACAAUUCACUCAACCCCAUGAAGAAGCCGACAGUGACGAUGAUUUAUCCGAUUCUGGUUCUGGCUCAUAUGACAGCUCUGUGAGGAACUAUGUUGGAACAACAGCCAAUAGCAGUUCAAAUAUGCCGACAACAACUCUAGCAGCUAAUUCCACUGGUGGCAGUUCACACCGCUCGCAGAAUUUGCAGUCGCCAUAUAAAGUGCCCAUUCCAGCUGCCCUUGUGUCGAGCUCUUCAUCUAGCUCCAGUAACGUUUCAUCUUCAUCAUCAAGCAGCAGCAGCGGAGGUGAACACUCUGACACAGAACGUAAUGCAUCUCUUAAUAAUCGUGUUAAAGGAAAGCACGUGAAGACUAGCGCUAAAGUCGCAGUUAGUGUCAACAGUGGUUCAAAUAGUGCACGACUGCGUCGUGACAAGCCUAAAGCAAGCGACAAGAACAAAAAUGUAACGCUCACGCGUAUCUUCAAUCCGAAAGAGGGUGGUGCGAAAAAACAGGGUCAGGUACUGGUCAUCGAUGAACAGCAGCAACAAAAGCUGAUAUCUCCGAAUUCUUGUAAUUAUCGAACGGCAGCUACCGGUAGCUCAGCGUUAUCCGCUAGUCAAGAGAAUCUCGUUGCGGCUGGUACGGUUGCUACGCUGCAAUCGCCACGACUCACUCCUGGUCAUAUUAAAUCGCCACGCGCAGCACCACAACCUGUAACGGCUGGAUCGCAUCGAACGCCUGAUCAUAGUAGUCGCAGUAGUGCCGAACGUAAAGUACAGCAAUCGCGCAUUAAAACGCCGUCCUGUACUCCAACACGUACGUCUACACCCACUCCGGCUGCACUGCUUUCAGCACCGACUGUCUCGCCCAUACGUACUGUAACAACACCAAUGCCAAAUUUCCCUUCACUUAUAUGCAAAGUUGAUUUAUCCCGACUGCAACGAAUACUGCCUGAGUGGCGGACAAACACCUAUCGACUUUCUAGCAUGGGCCCGUCCCCAAUGACUCGUUACGCUCAUCACGAGGCAAUAUUAAAUGCUGAUUUGCAAGCAACAUCAGCACUUGCGACUGGUAAUAGUGGGAAUAUCACCCCAUAUAGCACCGGUAAUAGAACCCCCACUACGCCCCAAUGUCCACCCGAUAGAGAGCUUUCUCGCUCUCGCGAAAGUUUGGUUGGAAUUGGCGUUGUUGGAAAUAAACAAAGGCUGAGCUCAAUGCAUUCAAACGGCCGGAUGAGCAGUCGUUCUACUGAUGGUGCCGGCAGCGAUGGCACAAUGCCCAAAGAUCCUGCACAGCGUACACCAAAUGGAUACACAUCUGUUGCGAAUGUAUCGCUGGCUUUUGAAGCCAAUAAUUCGCCAUCAACAAAACAACUGCUUAAACGUGAGCAACUAAUCAAAAAUGAGCCGGGCUCUGAGUUAGACAGUGCAGCUUUGGUUACAGCAGCAAAAACUGACGCAUACUGUGCCGAAACUAAGUUUAAGACCAGCGGAUCAGUAAAAGAGGAGCUUAUAGUGCAUAAACACGACUUUAAACCUGGACUACCAACAAAUGCCUUUGUAUCAGCCGAAAAGGAAGCUGAUCGGCUAGGGACCACGCCGCCAUCUCAACUGCGAAUAAAUGAUAUAACGGAGUCAAAGUCACGCCGAAAACGUAGCGCCAGUUCCAGUCCAUACAAAGAGAAAAAGCGGAAAAAAGAUAAAACGGAGAAGUAUUCGAAGGAUGGUAAAGAAGUUAAGGAGGGUAAAGAAAGCGUCGUAAUACCUAACCCAACAAACAGUAAAGACAAAGAAAAGGACGUUGGGAAGUCAAUUGGUGCUAUUGAACGUGAUAUUGAAAAUAGUGCGGACAUUAGUUGCCGUGGGAUCGCGGUAAUUCCAGCCCAAGGCACAAACAACAGUGAACAUACGGAGAAGGACCAACCUAACGAUAUUAAUAGUCGCCAGUUGCCUCAUACUAACCAUGAUCGAUUAUUGGUCGAUCAUCAACUACAUCGGCAACAACAACACCAACAGCAACAACAACAACAACAGCAAAGUGCUUCUUUGAACUACUCGGCUUUUCCUGCGGACUUACAAACGUCAAGUAAUAACAUAAUUGUACCAGCAAUUGGGGAUGUUAAUACUGCCAGCACAGCGCCAUCAGGCAGCGGAAGGGCUCCAUUGCUUCCUCCACCACAAGUAAUAUAUCGAUCGUAUUUUGAACGUGAUGACGAUGGUGUUUGUGAUAUUAGCAAAAAUUCAAAAUUCCUACAGGAAGCCGUUAAACGUAAGCACGCAGCCGACAAGGAACAAAAUCUUUUCAAUCAAGUAACGUUGUACUUGGAAGCGGUGACUUACUUUAUACUUUCCGGUGCUGUGUUAGAACAGCAUCGCAACUCAGAAGACGCAAGUUGGGUCAUGUACAAGGACACUCUGAAUUUAAUUAAAUUUAUUUCUUCAAAAAUUAAACACUUGCAAGUUUCAUCAACGGCAAAUGAACUGCAUGAACCUCACAAUAAAGUCGCUAUCUUAAGUCUUCGUUGCCAAUCAUUAAUUUCAUUAAAACUCUAUAAACUGAAGCGACAUUAUUGUAGAAGCAUCAUCAAUCAUUGCGCUGAUCUUUUAAAGAGCGGUCGGAUGGAAGUUAUCAACGGUAAUACGCUAUCAUCGAAUUCGCCAUCAAACUCCGUGUGCUCGCAGGGGUCUGGUUCAAACACACCUCCAGGACGCGUUGUGCGCCAAGAUACGCAUACGACACUAAGUCAUCAAAAUUUAUACUUUAACUACUUAGCUAACUGUCAUGAUUUGUGGGACCAGGCGGACCGACUUGUGCGUCAGGGUAACCACACUGACUUUUUUAUUGCUUUGGAUCAUGAAAAUGGACCCUUAACGCUACAUACCUCUAUGUAUGAUUUAUUUCGUUACGUACAAUCUGGUCUUAAAAAGCUGAAAAGCGCGAAUAUAACGGCCACAACAAAUGUAAAUAAUACAGUAACGAUGGGCAACAGUGGUGGGAGUGGCGAGCCGUCAACUGACAACUCAUCUGUAAUAAAUUCUGCUGCAGGUAGCAACACUAUUACAAUAAAUACCAUCACCACUACGAACAAAUGCAGCAACAUCUUAAGUAAAUUACAACAAAAACCACAGUAGGAUAAUAUAAUUUGUAGUUCACACUUGGAUAUACAUGAAUAUAUAUAUAUAUAUAUAUAUAUAUAUAUAUAUAAAUUCAUCAUUAUUAUGUAUAUAUUUUUGUAUCAGUGUUGUUCUUUUUUAUAACCAAAAAAAACAGAACACCUCCGUUGCCGCAAAUAGAGAAUGCGGAUGCAUUUCUUCUUCUAACUUAGUGUUUAAGCAUUAAAAUUAUUUGUAUAUACAUACUAUAUAAAAGCAUGAUUUAUUAGUAAAACAAAGUGUUAAAAUUUCUAAACUUAUU